AGUCACUAACAACCAACCCCGGGUCCUGCACAACGGGAGUGCUGUGGGCCGGCUGAUGCGCAGGAUAGGUGCUCGAGACAGACGCGGCAACCCAUGCUCGUGGCAGUUCGCGACUUCGAACUGCUCGGCCAGGCCAGCCUUGUCUUUUACACAACAGUUCAACUUCAGUUCUUGAAUUUCCAGAGACAUCUGGUGGAUCUCGCGCUCUCUAAGAUUUGAGCAUCCGGGCUUAUUUCAUCCACAUUGACCCCCUUUACCAACCAAUUACCAUAGUAGAUGUUAUCGCCAUGAGCACGGCUGAGCUGAGGCGGGACGAGUCGCCGCCGUUCCUCGUGAAGCUCUUUUACAGGACAGGCGCAUUCCACAGACCAGAUGAAUUCAACACGCCAUCGCUUCCCCCACACCUCUCCAUCCACACAUGGAAGAACUGCACGCUCACCGAGCUCUCUCACCACAUGGUGGAUGCCUCACCCCGGAUCCUUCCGGACCCCGCGGUCGGCACGCGCCUUGCCUUCCGUCUCAUCUACGCCGACACGCGUGACAGGAUGGACCGUCCACCACGCUACGUUGUCAAGGACCUGGGAAGCGUCGUAUUAGGCGCUGGAGGGCCCGGCGCCGGUCCCGAUGAGGGGGUGCCGGCGGACGAGCCUGGCGAGGGCGACGGCGCCAAGACGCUGGCGGAUGCCAGGUUCAUGACCGGAGACUACAUCAGCUGCGCCAUUUUGCCGCCCGACGAGCUCACCGGCGACGUGACCCCAGCGAGCAGCGCGAGGAUGGGCCGCGGGGCUGGCGUCGGGGAGGCGACGGGUCUCAUGGGUGCUCCGCCACCGCCUCCCCCAGCGAGGCACAGGGACUAUGGGCCGCCGGGGGCUGCACGCGGGAGGGCGUUCGGAAGAGGCGGUUCAAGGGGUUAUGGCGGCGGGAGAUAUCGUGACCGGGACGGUCCGUUUGGGAGGGGGAGUGGGGGGAUACCGGAAGGAGAGUGGAGAAGGGGUUAUAUAGACCCUGACGAGCCUCAAGAAAGCGACCGAUGGGGACGAUGAUAUUUUUGCGUCGAGGGGACUCGUGCUGCGGUCCAGGCUGGGAAAAAUAUAAUUGUCGGCUAAGCGGCUUACCUGCUGCUUCGAAGCAGGAGGACGGUGGAGAAUUGCGAGACAUGCAGAUUCUCUUGAGAUGCGG